UAUUUGAAAACAUUAUUCAACAGUAUUUUAAUAACAUAAAUGUGAUUGUUGUUGUUGGUUUCUUUUUGUACAGAUGCUGUUGUAUACAUCAUUUUCUGCAGAUACCUUUUACAUUUUGGAGAACCUCGUGGAGAGAAUGGGCCCGUUCAAUUAUUAUGGUGGUUGGACUUUGGUGAACUUUAGUGUCAGUGAUCAGUUGUUGAUGACAUUAAUGAAGUUACGACUCAACUGCAGGGACCUUGAUUUAGCAGAGAGGUUCAACACUAGUCGUGCUAGCGUGUCCAAUAUUAUCAACACAUUUGUGCAUGCCCUGCAUGAAAUUUUGUUUGAAGGGGUCAUGAAAGCUGUCGGAAUACCAAGUCAACUGAAAUGCCAAGGAUCCAUGCCAAAGUCAUUUGAAGAAUUUUCAUCGGUUAGAAUUGCAAUGGACGCCACAGAAGUGACACAAGACAUCCCAACAGAUAUGAAUAGCCAGUCACUGGCAUACAGUAACUACAAGAGUCGCCACACAGUAAAGGCUUUAACUUGUGUUGCACCUAAUGCUGCUCUUGUGUUCUGUUCCGAUCUUUAUCCUGGAUCAACCUCAGACUCCGCAAUAGUGGACCAUUGUGGCAUAUUAGGGAAGCUGCAAGCUGGUGAUAUGAUCCUGGCUGACAAAGGAUUCAACAUUUUUGAUAAACUUUCAAAUGGUGUCACCCUAAAUAUCCCGCCUUUCCUCACUAGCAAAUCACAGUUCACCAAGGAAGAAGCUCAACUGUGCUAUAAAAUAGGCAGAAGCAGAAUCCAUGUGGAGCGGGCAAAUGAGAAAAUAAAGAACUUUGAAAUUCUGAGCCAUAUUCCAUCACAGUAUAGACACCUAUCCACUAAAAUAUUUCAACUUUGUGUGGCCCUUGUUAAUUUACAGGCUCCCCUUUUGAAAGAGAUUGCAGAAAAGUAUGACAUUGAAGAACCUAUUCAGUAGGUCAAUGCUUAUGUUAAAAAAUGCACAUCUAGAAUUUGCAACCCUCUAGUUGACACAGUGUACUAUAUUUUCUAUGCAUGUGUUCAUGUGAGAUUAUAAAGUUAAGAUUCUUUGUUUACUUAAUUCUAUUGGUAUGACAUCGUCACAAACAAAGGCCAAUAUGUACAUCAUGUCAUAAGACAA